AAACUAUUGGCCGGUGAUAACCAUGUUUCCUUGAUUUUCAGACCGACCAUCAGAAGAGCGACAAGUUGGAUUCUGUGUCACGCUAGGCCAUAUCUAUCGUCAUUGUUUUCAAAGAGAGAGAGGCGGGAUUUUAAAAUAGGCAACCUGGUGAUUGGUCGCUCUUUGCCGGCGCUUGCAUGAAGUCACCCUUUUUUUUUUCACCGUAGAGUUGUAAUCUCCUUUAUGUCUUACCUGUGGCCUAUAAUCUGCCCCAGUUUUGUUCCGAAUAUAUGGAUGAGCACCACUAUAUCAUUCUCCGGUAAAGGAUGCCGGAUGUGGAGAAAUAACACAAAGUGGUAAUUACAGUACCGAUAUUCUAGCAUUGUUCUUGCCGAAAUAUCAUAGCCGUUAUUCUGUAGAAGUUGUUUUUUUAUGUAUGUGUGGUUGUUAUAACUUCAAAAAUAGUUUAUCUGUUAGCAUACGUGAAGUCCAGGUCCUGCCUAAGAUUGGAUCACGUGUUACGGAUUAAAGGGCUGGGGUAUAGCAACUGCUCAGUUGAACGCGCCAUGUAUGCAUGUAUAUGUCUAGGGUUUUGUUUAAAGUACACUCGCCGUCUAGCAGUCUGACUAAACUGGAAUUUAAAGUGUUGCCAAGUUUAUGUACGCCUCCACAUAUAAUCUGUAUUAACAGUGCGUUCAGCUAGGGUUUCUCACUCAAACCGGCAACUUUAUUGGCUGAUCGAUUGGGAUGAAACCGUCACUGACCUGCUAACCCAAGAAACGCUGGUAGAGCACAUGCACGUGCAUGACAUGAGUGCUCUCCUUAGUUAUUAGAGACCGUGCAGUACUUUAGUUUCAAAAUUUAGUAGAAAGGUAACAAGCUAUCAAAAGACGUUGCACGGUUUCAUGUGGUUUUAUAUAAUGAUUAAAACUAAAGCGUAGGAUCUGUGCUAGGACAAAUGACAGGCUUUAGACGUGACAAAUCUUUAUAGAAUCUAUUUGUAAUCCACGAUAUGCUAAAAUGUACGUAUUAUCGUCUCAGUUUUUUGCUGUUUAAAUACUAUUUCUCCUCAGUUUUCGGUGAUUUUUUGUCGAUUUUUGCGUUAGCUGGUGCUCGUGAAAUAUAUUAAAUUACCUGCGGUGAUUUGUAUCAUUAAAGUCACGUGAUAUUAAAGCAUGGAAAGCAUCAUCACGAAGAAAGAACACCCGAAGCUGUGUGUUACGACGUUGUUAUAUGGUCCAUCAAGUAGCGGCGGUUCAACACCGACCUGGCUCCAUUCGCCUCUACCAGUACCAGGUGGAAUUACCAGUCCUUUACCACAGACCAAUGGCAUAGGGACAUCAAACUUUGCAGUGACUACAGCAGGGAUGAACAUAGGUGUUACAAAUAGCCUUUCACAUCCAAGCUUUCCUGGAAUCCUUGCCAAUAACUUUGUUUUGCAAACUAAUUCUCUACAACAACAGAACAGUUAUCCACCAAAUCAUCCACUUAGUGGAUCCAAGCACCUUUGCUCCAUAUGUGGUGACAGAGCCUCAGGCAAGCAUUAUGGAGUAUACAGCUGUGAAGGCUGCAAGGGCUUCUUUAAGAGAACAGUCCGUAAAGACUUGACAUAUGCUUGUCGAGAAGAAAAGAACUGUAUUGUUGACAAACGUCAAAGAAAUCGUUGUCAGUAUUGUCGCUAUCAAAAAUGUCUAAUAAUGGGAAUGAAAAGAGAAGCAGUUCAAGAAGAGCGGCACAGAAUGAAAGAAAAAAAUGAAAAUGAAGUGGAAAGUACCUGUAACUCUCCACCUGACAUGCCCAUAGAACAAAUCCUUGAAGCAGAGAAUUGUGUUGAAUCUAAAAAUGAAGAAAUAGACAUGAGCGAGCCCAUAGCCAACAUCUGUAAAGCUGCAGAUUGUCAAUUACACCAGCUGGUACAGUGGGCGAAACACAUUCCUCAUUUUACUGAAUUACCUAUGGAAGAUCAGAUUGUCUUACUUAAAGCAGGCUGGAAUGAGCUAUUGAUUGCAGCCUUUUCUCAUCGGUCUAUUUCUGUAAAAGAUGGGAUUGUUUUGGCAACAGGGCUUGUAGUACAGAGAAAUAGUGCUCACAGUGCAGGAAUGGGAGCAAUCUUUGACAGGGUACUUACUGAAUUGGUUGCCAAAAUGCGAGAAAUGAAAAUGGACAAAACUGAGCUAGGAUGUUUAAGAGCAAUUGUUUUGUUUAAUCCAGAAGCCAAAAAGCUAAAAUUGGUACAGCAGGUAGAAGCUCUAAGAGAAAAAGUAUAUGCAGCUCUUGAAGAAUACUGCAAGCAAUCAUAUGCUGAUCAGCAGGGUCGCUUUGCAAAGCUACUGCUUCGACUCCCUGCUCUCAGAAGUAUUGGUCUGACUUGCCUUGAACACUUAUUUUUCUAUAGACUUAUUAAUGAUACACCAAUUGAUAACUUUCUUCUGUCAAUGUUGGAAACCACAAGUGAUACCUGAUCCUGUAUUUGCCUUGAAAGGUUGCUGAGAGAAGUUGUUGUUUCAGUCUCCUUUUUUUUCACCAGCCAUUUGUUUUUCAUCUGCAUUUUUCUUAGAAUCAUUAUGGUUCCAGCUGUGAUUGUAAUCAAAAUACUCUUGUUGUUUGCAGUAGUGCUCACUCUUUUAACCUAUUAAAGAUGUGGUUUGUUGUAUAAUUUAUAACAUAAUCUACUGGUUAAUUUUUUGAUACCAUAUAAACUUAUUAAAGAUAUAGUUGUAUCAAAAGAGUGGAAUUUUCUGCAAAAAUAUGAACUUUUGACAAUGUUUUCUAGCAAGAUGGUGAGGCCUCUUAGUAUAGAGAAAUAAACAGGGAAAAGAGAGUUAUUUUGAUAAAGUUAUUUUAUUGAAGAAAUUUUAUUGCUGGUUGACUUAUAGUAUUAAGUUCUGUUUGUUUAUUAAAGGUGUUUUAUAAGAAAAGUAUGUUUAGUAUUGUACAAAUAGAAUAAGAGACUGGUGAAAAUUAAAUUUUAAAUAACGAAGUUAAAGUUUUUCCACACAAGAGCAUAUGCAUAAAUGAUAUUCUACAGUGGUUAUUUUAUAAAAGUGUUACGAGUUCCAUGAAUUCAAAAAUUAGUCAUUGUUUUUUGCAAUAAUUCUUUUAAACAAAGAAUGAUUGCAUACAAUUUGUUUUCCAGAAUGGUAUGAUUUCAAGUGAUAACAUAAUGUAAGAAAAUACAAAAGGAAAUGUGUGAGGAGUUUCAAAAGUGUAGAGGUUCAGAAGAUCUUAAUUUGGGGAUACAGUUGACAUAAAAGUUUUUGAUUGUACAAGUGUAUCUUUUAGCUUUAACAGAUGUUUGAAAAUUAGGUGAAUUAUUUUCAUACAAACAUAAUUGAUACCAAAUAUUUCUUUUUUUGUCACAAGUUUUAAAAAAUUAAUACAUUUCAUGUAAAACUUAAAAAAGAAAAACAUUUUUAGGUUGAUUAUAUAUUUGAUGUGCACUAUGUAUAGAGAUAAUUCUAUCAGAGAAGAGGGUACUGUACGUUUUAGGCCUGUAGAGUUGUUUUAAUAUUUCAUAGUUUACAGGACUAGCAAUAUGUUACAUAAGUAAAUUUAAUAAUAAACCAGGACAAACCCAAUAUGAUGUUUCAAGGUUAUUUUCUUGGUACAUUAAAGCCCCAGGGGUAAGGCUGAGAACACUGUUGUUCUUUUGCGAAUCCCUUGCAGUUUUAAAUGUUUUUGGGGGUUAGUGUCUGUUAAUUAAGCAUGUGUCAAGUACUGGAGAAUGGGGGGUUGUUGAAUAAGUUCUUAACUGUUUAAUCACUUCAGUAGUCUUGCUACUGUGUUGUUAAAAGAAUAAUUUAAUACUGAACAUUGUGUUUAUAUCUUUGUAGCUUAUGUCAAAGUGUUAACAAGACAAUUAUAAGUAGGGUAUAUUUAUAUGGGUACAUUUUCCUUUAUUAAAACAUUAUAUACAUAAAAAAAGAAGAGAUUUACCUAAGCAGCCAAAGUUUGACAAUCCUUUUUUAUUCCACAAAAAAAACAAAGGAUUUUUUCAACAAAAAGAAGCAGAAGAUUGAGGAGCAGCUAUCAUGCUGCAAAAAGCAGUAUCUUCUUAGGUAAAUCUAAUCUUUUUAUGUAUAUGUACAUAUAUUUAUAUAUAUAUGCUGUAAAUUGACUCACACAAAAUAUCAAAAUUUAAUUCACCUGUGAGGUGUGUGCAUUUAAAAAAAAUAGAAACAGUAAAUAGGUUUGAAAAUAUUUAGGUAGUUGCUGUAUAAGUUUUGUGUUUUUGUGAUUAAGAUCUCACUUGCAACUUAAGCUUGAUAAUAAUUUGUUGCUAUAUUUCAAGGAAUUUUUUAAUUUUGGGUACAAUGGUACCAAAAGUUGCUAAUAAUCAAAACUUGGAAUUUUGAUUAUUAUUAUUUUACAAGAUGAGAUUAAUUUUAUUAAUACUUGAUGUAUCACUAGUGACUUUUUUUUAAAAUAAAGACAUUAUCAGUUGCAGUUUUUUGUAAAGUCCUUAGACACAUCCCUCAAGUUUUCAUUAACUUUGUUUUAAACAGCAAUUCUCAAUCUUUGGUCUGAAAGAUCCUUUCAUGUGGUUUGUGGAAAGGUUGCAUAAUUAUGGAAAGGAAGUGGCAGCAUAGAUCUCAUUGUAGUAUGUUGAGAUAAAAGAAAUUCAGAUAGUCCACAAACAAAAAUAUUUCAGAACCAUUCUUUUUUGGUAGCUAAUAUCAAAUUUUUGUAGAUGAUUGCUUUUGAUUCAUUAGAUUUAAUUGAAAGAAUGAAGUAUAUCUAAAACUAUCAUUUCUGGUGUUGCAAAUUUGCAUUUCUGUUUCCCUUGGUGAAAAAUGAGUAAUUGAUAUUCUAAUUUUUAAAGUAACUUUUUUACUGUUAAACUUCUUACAUUUUUUUUAUGAUUAGAGAUUUGAUAAUUGAACAUUUUAGAAAAGCUCAAUUAUAGGAAUUCAACAAAAAGAGAAAUGUUAUAUUUUAUCUGUUUUAUACUACAAAUUCCACUGCAUGUGUCUUUCAGUCUUUGAGGAUUUCAUAGAAAUAAAAGGAGUAAACAUGAUUCUUUCAAUAAGGAACCCAACUAAUUCACAAUAUUAUAAGAUAAUUUUUAAACAAAAUCAGGCUUGUGUAUCUUUAUGAAACAAAUUGUCAAAUGAUGUCCUAAUAUUAGUUGUUUCAAAUUUUUUGCAUAUGUCAGUUUUACAUAAAACUGUAAUAUUCUACAAAAUUCAAAUUAGUCUUCACUUUACCAGGCACAUGAUAUCCCCCAGUAUUCAUAUCUGUCUCCACUUUACCAGGCACAUGAUAUCCCCCAGUAUUCAUAUCUGUCUCCACUUUACCAGGCAUUUACCA